GAGCGGGAGCCCUGGGGAGGCCGGGCGCCGCCAUGGAACUGGGCCCGGAGCCCCCGCACCGCCGGCGCCUGCUCUUCGCCUGCAGCCCCCCUCCCACGACACCAGCCGUGGUAAAGGCGCUGUUCGGCACACCAGCCGCCGGGGGGCUGUCGCCUGUCACCAACCUGACGGUCACCAUGGACCAGCUGCAAGGACUGGGCAGUGAGUAUGAGCAGCCACUGGAGGUGAAGAACAGCAGUCUGCAGAGAAUGGGUUCCUCUGAGUCAACCGAUUCAGGCUUCUGUCUGGAUUCUCCUGGGCCCUUGGACAGUAAAGAAAACCUUGAAAAUCCCAUGAGGAGACUAAAUUCCCUACCGCAGAAGCUUCUGGGAUGUAGCCCAGCUCUGAAGAGGAGCCAUUCUGAUUCUCUUGACCAUGACAUCUUUCGGAUGAUUGACCAAGAUGAGAACAAGGAAAACGAAGCCUUUGAGUUUAAGAAGCCAAUAAGACCUGCAUCUCGUGGCUGCCUGCACUCUCAUGGACUUGAGGAGGGUAAAGAUGUCUUCACACAGAGGCAGAACUCUGCCCCAGCUCGGAUGCUUUCCUCAAAUGAAAGAGAAAGCAGUGAGCCAGGGACUUUCAUUCCUCUUUUUAUGCCCCAGUCCCCUGUGACUGUGACUGCUACUCUGUCUGAUGAGGAUGAUGGCUUCAUGGACAUUCUUGAUGGAGAGAAUCUUAAGAAUGAUGAGGAGACCCCAUCAUGCAUGGCAAGCCUCUGGACAGCUCCCCUCGUCAUGAAAAGAACUACAAACCUGGGCAAUCAAUGCAAGCUGUUUGACUCCCCUUCCAUGUGUUCCACCCGGUCAAUGCUGAAGAGACCAGAACGAUCUCAAGAGGAGUCUCCAUUUGGAAAUACAAAACGGAGGAAAGGCAUGACUUGGGCCAGUCUGGAGGAGGCAGCUACUCCAGAAAAACCCAGGGAGAUUCUGCAUCAGUCUUUAUCCUUGACAUCUUCCCCCAAAGGGACCAUUGAGAACAUUUUGGACAGUGACCCAAGGGACCUUAUAGGCGACUUCUCUAAGGGUUAUCUCUUUCACACAGUUGCUGGGAAGCAUCAGGAUUUAAAAUACAUCUCUCCAGAAAUUAUGGCAUCUGUUUUGAAUGGCAAGUUUGCCAACCUUAUUAAAGAGUUUGUUAUCAUUGACUGCCGAUAUCCCUAUGAGUAUGAGGGAGGCCACAUAAAGGGUGCCGUGAACUUGCACAUGGAAGAAGAGGUUGAAGAUUUUUUACUCAAGAAGCCCAUCGUACCUGUUGAUGGCAAGCGCGUCAUUGUUGUGUUCCACUGCGAAUUUUCUUCUGAACGAGGUCCCCGCAUGUGCCGGUACGUGAGAGAGAGAGAUCGGCUUGGUAAUGAGUACCCAAAACUCCACUACCCCGAGCUAUAUGUCCUGAAGGGUGGAUAUAAGGAAUUCUUCCUGAAAUGCCAGUCUCACUGUGAGCCCCCCAGCUACCGGCCCAUGCACCACGAGGACUUUAAAGAAGACCUGAAGAAGUUCCGAACCAAGAGCCGGACCUGGGCAGGGGAAAAGAGCAAAAGGGAGAUGUACAGCCGUCUGAAGAAGCUCUGAGUGGCAGUGCCAGGGCAGCAGCCUGAGCCUGCCUCCCUCCCUUCCACCUUCCCCUCUUUGCUGCAGAGAAACUUGAGGAAAGGGGCCAGCUGUGUGGCAUUUGAAGAGAACGUCUGUGGCUUCCACCACACUUAAACUUAAACCUGCCUCCCCACACUCCCAAGGUUGAAGCCUAGAGUAUCCCAUUGGCAUCACCUCUUCUGUC